AUCAGCCUUAUUUUCCCGCUUGCUCUGUUCUUAUCUGCUUGUCUGCUCUUCAUCCUCCAUCCCGUCCCAACUCAUCGCCACCGCACCGGCGCUCAAUAGCGUCUCAUGCAUGUGCUCACAACGCAUCUCGUCCUUGGCUGCUUUUGUGGCACUAGCCGUCAAGGCCUGACUAGCCCAAAGCUCGCCCAGUUCAGGGCACACCCGCAACUCAAUCGCCGCCUACGAACAAGGCUUGUGUUUCCAUCUUCCAUCUUCCUUCUUCCCACAGCCUUCACCAAGUUUGAAUUGCUACUCCAGCAUCGCCUCUAUUCCAUCUCUACGAUAACCAAACAGUCUUCUCUCAUACUUAAUACGAGUACUUGUCACACCUCCUCCCAACAAGUUGAACUGAAAUCCUUCUCUCCAACCCCCCCGAGCCGUGCCGCGAGCUAGCCAAGCUUUUUUCCCUGGCUACUGAUUCAGCCGCACGGAAAUCCGCCUCACCAUUGGCCGUGUAACUGCGGCGACAGAAUCGAGAGCGCAGAAAGCAAUGCCUUCCCCUCUACUUUUGUGCUUUCCGCCUCGCUUAGACUGCAUGAGGAUCCCAGCUCUGCGCUUGGCCUUGGCCCUCUAGACUCGUCCCCGUGAU